AUGGGUGACAUAAAACAAAACAAAUAUGACUUAGGUUUAGAUAUGACAGUGGAAGAUCAAAAAAAAAUUGGGAAGUUUACAAAUUUACAUUAUAAAGAACCUUUAUAUGAACAUAAAAUAAAAAUGAUGAAAGAAAAUAUUAUGAAUAUUGAUUCUUCUAUUGACGAAGUUUCAUUAGCUUUUGAUUCAAAUGACGUCAUGUUAAAUAUAGGUGACUGCUUUUUUAAAUUCGACUUGGAUUAUAUAGAAGAAAAUUUAGAGGAUAGAAAAUCUGAAGAGCUAACAAAAUUAAAUGAAAUGGAAUUAGAAUAUAAAACAAAACUAAGUGAAAAGCAACAAUUAAAAACAGAACUUUAUGCUAAAUUUGGAAAUAGGAUAGAUCUUAAUUGA